GAAGAACGGGAGGAAGCCGAAACGAUACGAAAGGUAUUAGUGUCCUACUCAAACAUAUAUACCGGAGGAUACUCGAGGUAGGAACAAAACAAGGGGUUUUUUUUCUGCGACUUUCUCUGUUUAUAUCUCGAUCGAUCGAUCUCGUUCUUCUUCCCCUCGCUCUCCCUUCUCCAAUGGCGGGUCUUUCUCUGCGGUGCGGGGACUGUGGCGCCCACCUCAAGAGCGUGGAGGAGGCCCAGGAGCACGCGGAGCUCACCUCCCACACCAACUUCUCCGAAUCCACUGAAGCCGUCCUCAAUCUCGUCUGCACCGCUUGCGGCAAGCCUUGUCGAUCGAAAAUCGAGACCGAUCUGCACACGAAGAGGACAGGGCAUGCAGAUUUCGUUGAUAAGACCUCGGAGGCGGCAAAGCCGAUUGAAUUGGAGGCGCCGAAGGCUCCUAUGGAGUCGGAGGAGAGCGCUGUGGCUCCUGCUGAGAGUAACCAGUCUGAAGAGAUGGUUGUCCCAGAGGUUGAUAAAAAUCUUCUUGCCGAACUUGAGUCAAUGGGAUUUCCAACAGCUCGUGCAACAAGAGCACUUCACUUUUCUGGUAACAGCAGUCUUGAGGCUGCCAUAAAUUGGGUUGCAGAUCAUGAAGAUGAUCCUGACAUUGACCAGAUGCCUAUGGUGCCUGUUAACACGCAAGCUGAAACCGGCAAACUGUCUUUAACUCCAGAGGAAGUGAAGAUGAAAGCGCAAGAGCUACGUGAACGUGCUCGCAAGAAGAAAGAAGAAGAAGAAAAAAAGAUGGAAAGAGAAAGAGAGAAGGAGAGAAUACGCAUUGGUAAGGAACUUUUGGAAGCCAAGCGGAUUGAGGAGGAAAAUGAAAGGAAAAGACUGUUGGCGUUGCGGAAGGCCGAGAAAGAGGAAGAGAAAAGAGCAAGAGAGAAAAUUCGCCAGAAACUAGAGGAGGAUAAGGCAGAAAGAAGGCGGAAACUUGGGUUGCCUCCUGAAGACCCUGAAGCUGCAAAACCCAGCUCAACAGUGGUGGAGGAGAAGAAGAGUUUCUUACCUGUUAGGCCUGCUUCAAAGGCAGAGCGCAUGAGAGACUGUUUACGCUCUCUUAAGCAACAUCAGAAGGAUGAGGAUGCUAAAGUUAAGAGAGCUUUCCAAACACUUCUCACUUAUGUGGGCAACAUUGCCAAAAAUCCAGAUGAAGAAAAAUUCAGAAAAAUCCGAGUAAAUAAUCCAACAUUUCAGGAUAGAGUUGGUAGCCUUCAUGGAGGCAUUGACUUUCUCGAGAUAUGUGGCUUUCAAAAGCUUGACAACAAUGAAUUUCUGUUUCUGCCUAGGGACAAGGUUGAUAUGGCAGUCCUGAAUUCUGCUGGAUCAGAGUUGAAUUCUGCCAUAGCCAAUCCCUUCUUUGGAGUUCUCUAGGUUGAAGGUAUCAAACUCAUGGGUACUUGUCUUUAUUCUCUAGGUUGAACAGAAAUCUGGUACAAACAUGACAGUAUUGAGUGAAGUGAGAAGGGGAGGAAAUCAGAAAUCAAGGGCCUUUAUAUUCUAUCAUUGUUUGAGCGGGAAGCAAGGCUUGCUUUUGUCAUCUGAUUUAGUUUACUAUAGUCGGUACCAGUUUUUUGAAUUAUGCAGGUAAAUAUUUGAAGGUUAUUUAAAAAGGAAAUUCUGCUGAGGAAUUGAUUUUAAAUUUCAUAUGUAAGCUACUGUCCAUGAUUUUCUCUUCUAAAUAUAAAUGACUGUGUCA